AUGGGCGAACAAGACUCAGUUCAGAUUUCUCCCGAUGAGCAACAAGAGACGAUGACGCAAUACUCCAGUAAGCAAGGGUUGGUGACUAGGGAACCAUACGGGCCAUCAGGCUUCCGCGGUCUCUUCACAAACCCUUAUGUGGCCAUGUGUGCGGCGUUCGCUACCAUUGGUGGCCUUCUCUUCGGAUACGACCAGGGUGUCAUAUCAGUAACUCUCGUUAUGGACCAAUUCCUCGCACGCUUCCCACGUGUCUCGACCGAGGCAUCAGGAGCAGGGUUUUGGAAAGGCUUGAUGACAGCUAUGCUAGAAUUGGGUGCCCUGAUUGGCGCACUCUUUGCGGGUUGGCUUGCAGACAAGUUAUCUAGGAAAUAUUCCAUCGUUGUUGCAGUCGGAGUCUUUACCGUUGGCAGUAUAUUGCAGACUGCGGCAAUGGAAUAUGCGAUGCUGACUGUUGGGAGACUAAUCGGAGGUAUGGGUAUUGGAGCGCUUGCAGCUAUCGCUCCACUCUACAUCUCUGAGAUUGCACCUCCUGAGAUUCGAGGCGCUCUACUCGUCCUACAGGAGCUGAGUAUCGUGCUCGGUAUUGUGAUCGCCUUCUGGACAACCUACGGUACUCGAUACAUGGCGGGUGAAUGGUCUUGGCGCCUCCCUUUCCUAAUUCAAAUGUUGCCUGGUCUCAUAUUGGGCGCUGGCGUCGUGUUCUUGCCAUUCUCUCCUCGUUGGCUCUGCAGCAAAGGUCGAGAUGAAGAAGCCCUUGUCGUCUUGGGUAAACUUCGCAAACUACCCACCGAUGACCCGCGUAUCUUCCAGGAAUGGUGCGAAAUUCGCGCCGAAGUCACCUUCAACCACGAAGUCAAUGUUGAGAGACAUCCCGACUUGCAAACACCUACGCGUAUGAACGGUUUCAAACUGGAGGUACAAUCUUGGCUGGACUGCUUUAGACAUGGAUGCUGGAAGCGGACUGUUGUUGGUGUUGGCCUCAUGUUCUUCCAGCAAUUCGUUGGUAUAAAUGCGCUCAUCUACUACUCACCAUCUCUCUUCAAGACGCUAGGCCAAGACUAUGAGAUGCAGCUCCUACUUUCCGGAAUCAUCAAUUGCAUGCAACUCUUCGGUGUCGUUACGAGCUUAUGGACUAUGGAUCGUUUCGGACGUCGACCUUUGCUCCUGAUUGGCGCUGGGCUCAUGUUCAUCUGUCAUCUCAUCAUCGCCGUCUUGGUAGGCAAGUUUGGGGAUCGGUGGACCGACUAUGCAGCCGAAGGCUGGGUCGCAGUUGCUUUCCUCUUCUUCUACAUGUUCAGCUUCGGUGCCACCUGGGGCCCAGUCCCGUGGUCGAUGCCCGCGGAAAUCUUCCCGUCGUCUUUGCGAGCCAAAGGCGUUGCGCUUUCUACGUGUUCGAACUGGCUGAACAACUUCAUUAUUGGCCUCAUUACUCCCCCUCUUGUACAAAACACGGGCUACGGAGCUUACACAUUCUUCGUCGUCUUCUGUCUUCUCGCUUUUAUUUUCACCUUCUUUAUUGUCCCAGAGACGUCGGGGAAAACGCUGGAGGAGAUGGACAGCGUUUUCAAAGAUGUCAGCAGUGAGGCAGAAGAGCGGCAAAAGGCGCGCAUCAUGCACGACAUUGUUGAGGGAAAGAGAGACGACAUUACGAUUGCAAAGCCUUAG